ACUGCGCAGACUCUGGCUCCCAAAGCACUACACAACAUCGCCUGUACACGGGAUAUUUUGGUUUCAAUUUUGUACAGUGGGAGAAAGUGGAGAGGAGACGCGUCCUCCAUCUAUAUAGCCUACAGUCUACAGGCUAUCUAACAUUAUAAGUGGCCUGACAAUUUUAUUCCGCUCUUUCCGGGCUCCCAGCAGAGUGUUCACUGUCCCUCUCUCAGUAGGCCAUAGGCUACUGACCAUGGCUGGACUAUAUGGGAGCAACGGCGCAGCGGAGCGUAUCGGACACAUCACGCGGGCCCAGAGCUUCAGCGCCUGUCACCGACUCCACAGCAUUCACUUGAGUGAUGAGGAGAAUAAACGAGUUUACGGAAAAUGCAACAACCCCAAUGGUCAUGGACACAACUACAAAGUGGAGGUAACGGUGCGUGGAAAGAUUGAUUCGCUCACUGGUAUGGUCAUGAACUUGACAGACCUGAAGAGGUGCAUUGAGGAAGUCAUCAUGGUUCCACUGGACCAUAAAAACCUGGAUAAGGACGUCCCAUACUUUGCCAGUGUUGUCAGCACAACUGAGAACGUGGCUGUUUAUAUCUGGGACAACAUGGUGAAGGUGCUCCCAUCCAACCUCCUCUACGAGAUUAAGAUACAUGAGACCGAUAACAAUGUCGUCGUAUAUCGAGGAGAGUAGAGUGUUGACAUAAUGAGAUGUUUGUUCAGGCAACCCUUGACAUGUAGGCCACAAGUGCCAUUCAUUGCAUUACUAUUUAGCAAACUUCACUGUUUGCCCACAAACGACUGCAGGCUUUGGUUAGUUAAACACUAAUAGGUUACAGAUUUAUUAAGGUUGAUGGCUGGUAUGGAUGAUUAUUUUCUAUGAUUGUUUGUUACACAUAAGAUUGUACAAGAUUGUGUAGCACAUCCCAAAGUUCAGUAUAUUCUUGUAAAAAGUCUAUUCUUGUAAAGGUGGAAAACAUUAAGACCAAACGUGCUUAUUAACCCUUGAAACAAUGUCUACUUGUGGACCCUGAUUGCAGUGUGUAUUUUUCUACAGGUUGUAACCAGGUUAACCAAAUACCAAUCUUGAGUUUUCAGUUUUUUAUUAGAGAGAUUUUUAAAGGCCUGAAGAAAUUAGAUAAACAUUUAAACAAAUGUGUGAGAAAUGUGUUACCUUGAGGAAAGUUGCACAUCAGCCUACUAAAUAAAGCAAAUUAUCAUAGCAAAUAAUCAUUCUUAUAUAUGUGGUGUCAAAUAUUGCAUGCAUGUCUAUUUUAUCUUUAAUAAAUCCAUUCCAUAUGUUAGCAGUAAAUGGCUUUAUCCCCAACAUUGACAGUUACACCCAUUCACAGUGAAUUUACCACCAGAGUGUUUCAACUGAAGAGAGUAGGAAGAAUACUCUGAUUUAAAACAUUGAAAAAAGGAUCAACAAAAAUCUCUGACAGUAAUGUGUAAUGUGUUUGUGGGAUUUUUACACUCAGAGCAGCACACUGGUUUACCAUGGCAACCUGUGAACUAGCCAAAUAGUGACAUCUAGUGGUACCAAACUGUACAUAUCUGAAGUUGUUGCAUUAAAGUUGCAUUUUGACAGAGAU